GUUUCUAACUUAAACAGAAAAUAUAUUGCUGUCCUUAGAAGCCACAACCGUCAAGCUGAUGACCAUCAAAUUCAACGUAUCCAUUUUGACAACUUCCAUACAUGGCUUGGCGAUCAUGUAUGUUAAAAGUUUUCUUAAAUACUUAUGAGUUCAGACUUGCAUUCUUAUUUUUAUUUAUUAAAUAGUAUUGUUCGUGAAACAGGUCAAAAACUUGGAAAACAUAAGUGCUACAGCUGUGCCUUUAGAAAUCAGUGUUUUAGCAAAAGGACCUAGUGAUCAAGCAGUGAAGUUUAAUUCAUAUAAAGUGAACGGAUACAACUUUCGUGUUAAAAAGCUUGAUGAUAAAAAGGAAACACAGAAUAGUGGUGUAACUUUGAAGGCAGAUACCAUGAGUGUUGCUAGUCGGAAUGACAAGCAUCCUUCUGUUGAUCCUUUGGCUUACUAUGGGCAAUUGAUUGAUAUUGUCAAAAUCAAUUACUCAGAAGAAUUAAAAUUUGACUUGUUUAAGUGUGAUUGGAUUGAUACUGCAUCAGGGACAAAACAAGACUGUUUUGAGUACACUUUGGUCAACUUUAAGCAUUUGUUGUACAAACAUGAUCGAGUGGGUAAUGAACCUUUCAUUUUGGCAUCCCAAGCACAUCAAGUUUAUUAUGUUCCUGAUCCAUUGGAGAAAGAUUGGUUAAGUGUUAUCAUAUCCCCUGCAAUAGAGUUAUGUGAUGCUGAUAGUUACCCUGAAGCUGACCCCUAUAUGUUGCUGGAAGUUGAUGAGAAUUCAGCAGCUUUGGAUGAUACAGAAAUGAUCGAAUGAGAUCAUUUCUUUUUUCUUUGCUUUUGUGUAAAUGAAUGGAAAACAAUUUGCCACUUUUGAUGUAAUAUAAUAUCCACUAAUUAAUAUUAACAUGGUCUAUUUAUACAUCUUUUGUGCAUUAUCAGACUGAUAGGUGCUAGUUUAUGUUCUAUAGCUAGUUUAUAUUACUUUUAUGUUUAUGGUUUGUUUCAUGUCUAAGUACAGGUUAUUACCAUGAAGAGAACAAGACAAGCCGGUCGACCUCGUACCAUGGCUCAACUGUUGGAAGUAACUUCAUCACGUUCUGGAAGCACAGGUCGCAGCGCAAACGAAUCAGCACAGCUGCCUCUUCCAGUACCAGCAGUAGUAGAAGAGCAAGCCAAUACGCCAACAAGUAAAGUCGCACGAGGACAUAGUAAAGGCAUUCCGGAAUGGAAUACAGGUGUUAAAGUACAUGUUCAAUUUAAUGGAAUCAAUUUCCAGCCGGUGGGGGAAAGGGCAGGUCAGCUUAAGUCACAAUUGGGUCAAAUAGUACGAAAUGGCCAUAGGGUACCGCUAAAUAUUCUUGACUGGAAGAAAGUUGGUAAUGAUGUGAAGGAAGAAAUUUGGGAAGAGGUUAAGAAAAACUUGGUGGAAGUCCCAGAAGGUUAUAAAUCAGUAUGCUUGAAAAAUUGUAAUUUGCUUUGGAAGGACCAUAAGAGCAAAACAAAAUCAUUUCACUAUGUGCCCAACAAGGACGAUCCUGAACUUGGUUCUAAAAAUCCUCCUCAUAUUGUUGCAGAGCAAUGGUCUGAGCUUGUUGCAUAUUGGAGUAGUGAGGAUGCAAAGAUGAUAGCAGAAAAAAAUUCAAUUAAUCGGGAGCUGCGUGGCCCAUGUCACAAGACCGGUCGAAAACAUUUUUCCCAAGUGCAAUAUGAGAUGGAAAAAGCUGGAGAACCAGUUGAUAAGUUUAGUGUUUGGAAGAAAACACGUGACUUAAAUGAUCACCUUGUGCAAGAGUUCAUUAAAUCAUAUGAAAAGAAACUUAGAAAGGAGUCGGAGGAGGAUCAAAACUUGACAAGUGUUAAAGACCGAAUUUUCCACUCUUUGAUGGGAGAUGAUGGUCAUGGGUAUUGUCGUACUUUUGGAGCUGGUGUACCUCGUAGUCUAGUAUAUCCAAAGGAGUCAAAUAUAUCUCAAAGCACAAAUGAUCUCGUACAAAGAAUCACUGAACAAGUGCGUCAAGAGUUUCAAGUGCAGCUUCAGCAACUGCAUGCUCGAAUUGAUUUUCUGCAGAAUAAGGACACUAGUACAGAGUCUCCUAGACAGAUUGCUGAUGCAACUAGUGGGCAUGAAAUUUUGAGGGAGUCUAUAGGAGAUGAAGUAACUCCAAAUGCAAAUCAUGAACAGCCCUCAUUGGAGCAGAAUUCUCCAGUAAUAUCCCCUUCACAAAAUGGAUCUCAAAGGACACCAUCACGAAAGAAUAUGUGCAUUUUGUUGUCUAUCUUGCUUACUGGACAUUAAGGUUCUCAUGGCAAAAAGAGCAAAGCAAAUGAAAGCAAGUGCAAAGCUCACAAAAUGACAAAGUAAAAUGGUGCACUUGUGAUUGUUGUUUUAUUUCAAGUGUGGUUAUAAUUUUCAAUACUUGAAAAUGAAAACACAUUUAUUUUCAUUUUAGUGUUUGUAUUUGAAUAUGGUAUGAUGACUCAAUAGAUAUGUUUAACUAUAUUUUUCAUGAAUUAAUGUUAAUUUCUGAAGAUAUUUAAUUGCUUAA